AGGCAGGGAAGCGGUUGAAAACGGCUCCACAUUAACCACGCAGCUGAGUUGUGAGGGGGCGUGCCGACAAAACUAGCUCUGUUUCCUCCGUUUUAUCAUGGCCUAAAGCGUACCGAAAAAAAUACAAGUGGUUUUUUGUUCUGUGAAAUUAGUUUGUUUGGGGGAGCAGAAUAUCUUCUGUGUUGUUUAGGGUGUUUCCGGCGUUUGCGGAUGAACUGCACCAGAGUUUUGCACAUCUUGAACCCUAGACCGAUGCCAUCUCCCAUCAUGCCUGUGGAUGUGGCCAUGAGAAUCUGUCUGGCACACUCUCCGCCCCUUCGCAGCUUUCUUGGUUCAUAUGAGAGCUGUAAGUCCAGAAAUUUGGUGAAGCCCUUCAAACCACUGAGAUCAUGCAUCAGCUCGAAGACUAAGGUGGAGGCCACCAACCGAGGGUGGAAAAGUCCUAAAGGCAAAGGCAAGAAGAGAGUGGUUUUUGCUGAUGCCAAAGGCUUGUCACUAACGGCGAUCCAUGUGUUCAAGGAGUUCGAGGAAGACUCCCUCUUACCAUCAGACUUGCAGUUUGAGAUGUCAGACUUGGAGGACGCCAUUGUGGGCCUGAAGGUGGAGAAGGAGAGGAGUUUUGUUUUGGACUUCCCCCAGCCUGCUGCAGACUACCUGGACUUUCGGAACCGUCUCAAGAAAAACCUGGUGUGUUUGGAGAACUGUGUAAUCCAGGACAAAUCCCUCAUGGGCACAAUCAAAGUUAGCAAUGUGAGCUUUGAGAAGUCUGUUCAUGUCCGGAUAACAUUUGAUUCAUGGAAAAGCCACAUGGACAUUCCUUGUGUGUAUAUGAACAAUGUUUAUGGGUGCGCAGACAUUGACACCUUUUCCUUCACCGUUAAUCUGCCGAGUUCAGUGCUGUAUGAGAAUCAGGUGGAGUUCUGCAUCUGCUACAACGCUAAUAACGAGACACGCUGGGAUAAUAACGAUGGGAAGAACUACAGGUUGGCACAUGUAGAUAAUGACAGCAACCAGUCCAAACAUGUCACUCAGAAAACAGCAUAUGAAACCAGAAGCACCAGCAAAAGGCCCGAGAUGGAGUUCGAUCAGUUUGGGAGCCCCAGGACCUCUAGUGGUUUCUUUCCAGAGUGGCAGAGUUGGGGGCGAAUUGAGAACAACUCCCCCUACUGGUGAGGGUACAUGGUGCCUCAAAAUGGCCUCAAAAAAUUUGCGUGUGUAGAAUGACUUCUAGGAGGAGGUGCUAGAAAUGCAGAAUUGACUGAGGAGAAUGUACUAGUAAAUUUAGGGAAACAGUUUAAAAGACAAGCUUAAAAAAUUAAAAUUGCGUCAAAUGAAAUGCUGAGCCCAUCACAAUGAACAUAUUGGAUUUAUUCCUCGCUCAUACGAAAUGUCCAAUGUUGAUGUUCAGGAUUUUAGCAGAUUUAGAAGUGAGUUGAUCUUUAGUCAUUUUGAGUCAAAUACUAACUAUAUUAACACUAUACAAUGGAAUCUAAUUUCUCUGAAUUUUUCUGUGCACUAAAGCAUUUCCAAGGUUAAGUGCUCUAAACCGACAAGUGUCAUGAAAUGGAUCACCUUUUUGUGCCAGUCAGAUCUUCAGAAAAAUUAUGGCAUGAUUGGUACAGUUCACAAUCUAUUUCAAGACCAGACUGCACCUCUAAAACGUCACUAUUGUGCAAUAGUUUUUCGUUGAAUAGAUUUAUUCUGAGUUAUUCUGUUAAAUUGAUCUGUGUGCAACAUUGAGAGAAAAGAAUCCGUCUUCCCCGUGGCGAUUCUGAAACACCGUGCAUUCGACCAGGGAGAAAUGUCUCUUCCGUGUGCAGUGUGACUGUUCUUAUGGAUGUGCUUCCAUGAAAACAAGAAUAGGGGAAUUUGCACUGUGUAAGAUGCCUUUAAACUAAACAACGUCAAAGUGGAAUAAUUUGGUACAACGUGAUGGUGCUUCAUAUUGAAGUUGUAUGUAUUUUGUAGUACCAUUUUAUUGGCCACUUUGCAGCAGAAGCAAUAAUCUAAAAUUUGUACAUUAUGGGCACCUGUGUAAUAUACUGCUGAACAUUAAACUUCAUUAUCCAUGCACCUUUUCCUCAUUCAGUUUGUAUAUCUUUGCAUUGCACAUACACUUGACUUUCUGCCAUGUCUCCUUUUCCAUGUUUGCUGCUGUAUUUUUGAUUAUGCCAGUGUUUCUCUGCAUUGUUUCAUUGUGAUGUGUGAGAUGGAAAUAAUAAGGGAUAUUGAAUGUUACUUAAUGCAAGUGUUGGUAAGUGUAGCAAUCCAGAUAUAAAUGUAUGGAAGUGUAGGGUAUUUAUGAUAUUAGUUAUCAUGUUUCUCAUGUUUGCUUCCUGUCUUCCAUUUGGGGGAGGAGACACAGUCUGGUCAAUGUGAAUGAUUUGAAUGUGAAUAAUUUUAAUGCAAAUGGCUGAUGCUUGUUAGCUGCUGUUUAUUUUAGAGUUGGAAUAUGUAUGUUGAUUGUAUAAAAGGGCUGGAAACUAUGGUGUUUGUCUCUGGAGUUUUCUACUGCAAGGACGGAUGUCUGUCUGUCUGUCUGCUUAUUAUUUAAUUCUAUGUUCCUUUUAGAAAGAAAUUAAAUAAAUGCAAUGUUUCUACUGUGAAA